UAUUUUGCUACAACCCAGUCUAGACAGCCGCCUGAAGCUCCUCUCGAAGUGCCAACUAAUGUAACAUUUCGGCAACUUCAAUCUGUUGACGAACAGCAGCGAAUUAUUGACGAGAACGCAGCCGCCGCGGUCGAAACGCACAGCGAAGUUUACCCACUUAAUCACACCAUGCUCCACAACGUCGAAGUUCCUGUUCGCGACUUACGUCGAGUCUUCGGACUCCCCGACUGGAAUUUGCGCCCUCCAUUCCGUCCACCCCGCCGCGAACCCGUCGGGUCGCCGCUGUCCGAAAGUGCCAACAUUGAUGAUGAAGAGCAUAAGGGGGACGACGAUGAUGAAGUGCAAAAAGAAGAGGAGGAGGGGGAUGAAGAGCAAAACCAAGAGGAGCGAUUUCUAAUUGAAAGUUAA